ACGUACGCUUUGGGCCAUGACGAAGUGAAACCAUUGACCAACAAAACACAUGAUCCGUUUGGCGGAUGGGGAGCCAGUUUGGUAGACUCGUUAAGUACUAUGAUGGUCAUGGGACUGGACGAAACGAUGGACGCAGUUAUACCCGAAAUUAGCAAGAUUAAUUUUCAACUGGAUGAGAAUGUCAGCGUGUUCGAAUCCAUUAUCCGGUACCUGGGUGGACUGUUGAGUGCUUACGAAUUAUCAGACGCACGGCAUCCUAUUCUACUUCAAAAAGCAGAAGAAUUAGCUCAGGCAUUGCUUCCUGCCUUUGACACGGCUUCUGGAUUACCGUACCAUCUGUGGAAUCCGGUCAAGAAAGAAUCGUUGAACAACAGUACGCUUAUUGCUGAAGUGGGAACGGUGCAAUUGGAGUUUAUGGUUCUGUCUCAUCACACCCGCAACCCAGUGUAUGCACAAAAGGCGCAGAAGAUUACAGAUUGGUUGGACAAAGCAGGUUACAGACAUGGAUUGAAUAUUGUGGGACUUUUCCCUACCGAUAUUGACGUUCACAGAGGUCGAUUCAAGGAUGCGACAUGCACAUUUGGAGCCAUGGGUGACAGUGCAUUUGAGUAUUUUCUCAAGGAGUAUUUACUGGCGGAAGGGUCAGUACCCCAGUAUGGACGAUUGUACCUUCACUCCAUUGACAGCAUGAAACGUUACAUGCUUCGUCAAUUGCCAGGUUCUGAGCUCUUGUUUCUCCCUCCUUUUGAUACAAGACACCAUACUGCAAAACGUACGAUGGAUCACUUGACAUGCUUUGUACCGGGGAUGUUGGCAAUGGGCGCAAAGACAUUUGACAGACCAGACGAUAUGGUGGUGGCAAAAGGACUGCUUGAAACGUGUGUGUACAUGUACCGAAGCACAGCCACUGGUCUAUGUUCCGAGAACUGGCAAUUCGAAAAUGACGAGCCUUACAAUCCAUUGACCUAUUCAAAGUCGAGAGAGCAAUUAACGGCAUCGCGCGACUGGUGGUACAUGCAAGGAAACUCAGCACAAGAUACACUGGUGGAACAUGAAACAUCGGGAAACGCUCAUGAUCAGGAGACAGUGACUCAAUCGUAUCAACUUCCGCCCGUUUCCUUACCCCGACCCUCGGGUCUUCAAAGCAUGGACAGACGAUACCUUUUACGUCCGGAAACUGUUGAAAGUAUCUGGAUCCUUUACCGUGUUACAGGGGAUCCCAAGUACCAAGUAAGUGUGGAUAGGUAUAAAGAUGAUGAUCCGCCGUUUUUCUAA